AUGUCGCCACCUACAAAGUCUGGCAGGUCGCUCAAGGAAGGUCUAGUUUCUAGUGAGGCCUCAGGAGAUACUGGUGCUCCCGGCAAGCCCUCCGAGGGCGCUGCAGUUGCUGAUCAGUCCGGCGAGGCCCCUUCGGUCUCUGGUGAACCAUCUCAGGAAGCGGCGGGUGCAGCCGAACUCACUAAGCCUCGUCAGACGCGCUCAUCGUCUCGCUCCUUUAAGGUGCGUAAAGAGAAGCCCUCCGAAGGCUCGGCGGAGACCGGACAUAAGACCGGCGGGGAGAAAGCUCCUAACCUCCCCUGUCAUCCAGACGAUGGGUCGCAGAGAAAGAGUCUUCUCGAGAGGCAGUUCGACGAUAUGAGAUCCGAUGACGACAUUGAGGACAACGAAAGUAACGACGAAAGCAAUGAGAACGUCAGUGGCAAUAACGAGGACAAUAACGAGAACGAUGAUGAUGACGAGAUUGUCGACGAGGGUGUUGUCUCCGGUGAUGCCAUCGAUCCCAAUCGGCCUUCUCGUACCGAGUCUGCUUCAGAGAAGCUCUUCAUGAAGGCCAUUGGUACGGGCUUAGUGAAGCUCAUCAAUAAAGCGGCGAGUGACAAGUCCUCGUCGGGUGAUAAAUGGCACUGGCCUACCCUUCGCAAGCGCCUUGAGAAAGUUGACAUGGAUUCUAUGGAUCGAUCGCUCAUUCGUCAAUGUGCUCUCGCCGAGGUGGACAAGGACCCUUCCGCUCUUUUCAACAAGGACAUAUGGUUCUUCGCCGCCGUUGGUGACGACAGGUCUUUUGGGGGCUUCAUCCAGGCACUUAUGUCGUGGUUGUGGGUAGCUCUGCUACAGGGUGCAGCCUUCGGCGACGUGUAUAGCCACGUUAUGCAUUGCAUCAGUGCUGCUGGCUUCAAAUCGCUCUUGACCGGGAGGAAUGCUGGUACUGUGGUCGCUAUACAGUACGACGAGCAGAUGCGUAAGGAUGCCGGGUGUGCUAUGGCCAUGAGCUCACUUUCGGUAAAGGAAGCUUGUUCUAGCUUGUCCCGCCUCGAUUCUAAUCGGCUGAUACUACUUAUCGGUAAGACCGCUGAUAACCACAACAAGUCGUCUUAUAACAAUAAAUCGUCCUAUCAUAACUCUAGAGGUGGACCUUACCGUUACGCUGGGAAGAAGAGACUCUUCAACGAUGAGGGCGAGGAGCUUUGGAAAAAGGUUGAUGGCAAAUGGGUCAAGGUUCAAGGCUCGUCGGCUAGUGGCUCUAAGAAGGCCAAAUCUGGCGAUGAAACGGUGGCCGUGGGAACGGAGAUAGACUCGGUGGCGUGCCUGGCACUGCAAGACCUGAUUCGUCUCCAAACCUCCGACGAUCAGGGCUCCAAUAAGUCUCUCUACUUCGUACCGAAGGUCUCGAAGAUAGGCUCUGGCGUUCAGCCGCGAGCCCUCCGAGACGAAGGUAUGCAAGAUGCUUUGAAAGAGCUGAGUCCGCCUGAGCAUAUCGCUGCCUCGCUGUCUUGCCAGCACCCCCUUACUCAAGCCCCCGGGCUCCCGGCGUCGAUAGUCGCCAGUGUGUCCUGUCACAAACGCUUACUCGAGUGUGGUCCAGAGGGUUUGAUUCGUGACAGGCAUAGGGUUAUGGAAUACUGGAACGACCAAGCCCGUUUGUCAUCUAAAUUCGAGCCCUCGGAUGACAUAGUCGGAGCUCUGACAGCUCCCUUGAACCUGGGUCUGUUCGAACGUAUGCUGAAGGCUUCCAACUAUCCCGACUAUACACUACCUAGGGAGCUAGCCGGAGGCCUGGAGUUAACAGGCGAGUUCAAUGUUCACAAUGACGUCUUUCGGGCUAGACCGAUCAAGCCAAAGGUUAACUCUAAGAAGUCUAAGAAAGUGACCGUCAUGUCUGCCACUGAGCUUCUCAGUGGAGGCGUAGAGAAGGCAUAUGACUUGGCUGACAGUAUCAAGGCACGAAAGUACGGCCUUGCGAUGAUUUUAAAAGGUCUGGAGUAA